AUGCUGCAGAAACUCACAGAGACUGAAGAAAGAACAUCCAAAGGCUUUCUAGGACUACAAGAAAUUUUCCACAUCCAGCCUUCGGGGGUGACCCCUUACCCAAACUCAUCAAGAGUGAUCCAGCAUGACACAGGAAGAGCAAACUCACAGAACCCACCCAUGGUGAACCAGAACCUAGCAGGAGCGACAGGUGCCCAGGGUCAACCCACUGAGCUCCAGUAUCCAGCAUGAACGACCAGUUUGCAGACUCCACCUGGACUGGCCCAACACUCACUGGGAACAUCGGCGCUCCAGACCCUGCCUGGAGACCUUCAAAAUCCUCUGAACAACAUACACUGGCCAACAUAUACCUCAAACCAGUCCCGAUGGAACAUGUCAUUUGGAUCAUUUCCUGCAUUGAAUCCCAAGAAAUUCAUAAAUUUCGAGGAGAUAAAGAACCUCAGACACAGAGAGGGUGUUUGCCUGAGGCCACACAGCGGCCAGUGCCAAAGCCAGGACACCAGCCCCAGAGCCAUCCAGAUCCUCAUUGGCCUCACGCAUAUUUUCUCUGGAAUCAACCCUUCACUGCAUUACAAUUUAUCCACAACUGGAUGGUCAGGGUACCCGUUCUGGGGAGGAAUAUCUUUUAUUGCAUCUGAGUCCCUCUCAGUAUGAGCUGAAAAGGACCCCAGUCUUUGCAUGCUUCCUUUUCUCCCUAAAGGCUCCAGCCCCCAUUCCUGCCCCACAGGCAGGAAAAGAUAA